AGCUCGGACCCGGCUGAGAAGCGCAGCCCUGGCCAUCAAGAAGCAGAAGGGACAGAGCCUCCGGGACGCGAGCACUGGGUGUCCUCCCGGCGUCCGGACGCUGGAUCAGCGCCCCGCCGGAUCACGGCAAAAUGAAGGACCGGCUUGCAGAGCUUCAGGAAUUGUCCAGGAGCUAUGACCAGCAAUUCCCAGAUGGGGACGAUGACUUUGACGCUCCCCACGAGGACAUCGUGUUCGAGACCGACCACAUCCUGGAGUCCUUGUACCGGGUCAUCCAGGACAUCCAGGAUGAAAACCAACUGCUUCUGAUCGACGUGAGGCGCCUGGGGAGGCAGAACGUUCGCUUCCUCACCUCCAUGAGGCGCCUCAGUAGCAUUAAGCGAGACACCAACUCCAUCGCCAAGGCCAUCAAGACCCGGGGCGAGGGCAUCCACCAGAAGCUGCGCUCCAUGAAGGAGAUGAGCGAGCAGGCAGAGGCUCAGCACGGCGCGCACUCGGCGGUGGCACGCAUCUCACACGCACAGUACAGCGCGCUGGCCCGCGCCUUCCAGCAGGCCAUGUAUGAGUAUAACCAGGCCGAGAUGAAACAACGCGACAACUGCAAGAUCCGCAUCCAGCGGCAGCUGGAGAUCAUGGGCAAAGACGUGUCGGGCGAGCAGAUCGAGGACAUGUUCGAGCAGGGCAAGUGGGAUGUAUUCUCCGAGAACCUGCUGGCGGACGUGAAGGGCGCGCGGGCGGCGCUCAACGAGAUCGAGAGCCGCCACCGCGAGCUCCUGCGCCUGGAGGGUCGCAUUCGCGACGUGCAUGAGCUCUUCCUGCAGAUGGCAGUGCUGGUGGAGAAGCAGGCAGACACGCUGAACGUCAUCGAGCUCAACGUGCAGAAGACCCUCGACUACACCGGCGAGGCCAAGGCGCAGGUGCGCAAGGCGGUCCAAUACAAGAAGAAGAACCCCUGCAGGACCAUCUGCUGCUUCUGCUGUCCCUGCGUCAACUAGCAGCUGGCUUGGGCCUCCACUGCACAUGCCUGGACAUGGGAAACAUGUCCAGGAUGCCAGCCAAAGGCAUCCUGCACUAGGCCGAGGGAGAGGGCCCCAGUGCCUUGCAGAAUUCGGAGAAUAGUAGGGGGUUGGAAUGCAAGAUCUGGAACCCGGCACCUGCCUACAAGGUUGCUAGCAUCCAAUGGCUCCUUAGUGUAGGCAGAUUUCCACUGGUGUUGUGUGAUGUCAUUAUAAAGUACAUAGCACUCAGCAUCACGGGGAGGAACUAAUGUCACUGCCAAGACCAGUGUCUUGAAGUCUAAAGGUAAAAAAGCCAAGCGAGCAUAUGUUAACAGUACAAGCACAUUAUCAAAAAUUGCCUUCGUUUAUCCCCUCUGGAAAGUUCCUUGGUGCUAUUCGAUUUUGAGUGACAUUCACUUCAGUAUUCCUUAGUUCUGUUGAAUUUCGAGUAACUUUGACCUUGGGUGAACUGGAUGCCAAUUACUUCUGAUUGGCGGUCUAUUUAUGUUGUGCAAGUGCUGUGGGAACACCUUCCCGGGGCUGGCUUCUCCUCUGCAUCAACCUGCACCGGACACUGGUUCCUUGUUUCUCUCACCUUUUAUAGUGUGUAGCAGUUUAUAUAUGAGUAUUUUUAAGCACCAAAUAUUGAACAAAACACUCAAGUUGAACUUUGUACUGGUCACAGUUUAUGGGUUUUUUUUCCACAGAUAACAUUUAUUUAAAAUUUAUCUUCGUACUUCAUUCCGUGUGGAUAUGUGUGUAAAUGUAAACUAAUCUUCCCUCGCACGUGUACAUGAAUGGGCAAUUAGAUUGACUUUGCUUUUGGAGAUUCUGUAUAUAAACAAGAGCGGGUUUUUUGUUUGUUUUUGUUUUGUUUUUUGGUGCGUGUCAGUGUUAGCUUGAUGGUUUGAUAGUCCCGAGUGUGUUUCAUUCCUGUCUGCACAGUCCAGUUUGGGUCUAACUUUAUUCUGAACAACUGUGCACGGUCAUUAAUAAAGACAAGGGAGGAA